GAAGUGAGACACGAUGUCAGCUUUAAUGAAGCUGAAGACCCUGCAAGGUCAUUUGGAGAGUAUUAAUGGAUUUGAGAAACCUAAACUAAAAUUUGAACAAUAUGAAACUCCAGCCCAUCUUGCUGCUACUGCUCUUUAUACAAUACAGACACAAUUUGAAUCUAUAGAAAACUGCACAGUACUGGAUGCUGGCUGCGGACCCGGUAUGUGGAGUAUCGGCGCCGCUUUACUGGGAGCCGGUACAGUCACAUCUGUAGAUAUUGAUGAUGAUGCAUUGCAAGUAUUCAAGGAAAAUGUUGAUGACAUGGAGCUGACCAAUGUUGAUGCUAUACAGUGUGACUUUCUAGAUCCAAGAGUAGCUAGGUGGGAAGGAUACUUUGACACGGUGGUAAUGAACCCGCCAUUUGGUACAAAGAACAAUGCUGGUAUUGACAUGAAGUUCCUCCGGAUGGGAACUCUCCUUAGCAACGACAGUGUGUACUCAUUACACAAGAGUAGCACUAGGAAUCACAUACUAAAGAAGGUUAAGGAUUGGGGGAUGAAAGGGAGUGUCAUAGCGGAGAUGAUAUACGAAUUGCCGGCAAAAUACAGGUUCCAUAAGCAACAUACUAUGAACAUAGCUGUAGAUAUAUGGCGAGUACAUCAUGCACAAUAAAUAAAUACCUAAUCAUUAUAAUAUGUAAUUUUUACAGUUCAAUUUGACAAAGAUUUUCUUUUACUGCUAUUUUGUAAUGUAUUCCAAACGCUCUUAAUUCUUCGUAUGACGAACGCGGAUCCAUACGAGAAACAAUGUGUUUUCUAUUGUUGUUUUAAAUACGGCAUACGAGAGGUGAGAUGUCGAAAUGUAUGUACGCGCAUUAUUUUAGAACGACUGCACCAUUAUUGACGAUACUUUUUUCGUCAUAACUGUCAGGACGAAGCAUUAUGUGAAAGAUGUUUAGCUUAUGAAAUAAAACAUUGUAAACCUUUUUCUUUGUUUAUACAAUAAGUGAAAGCUUUUAGUAAAAUAUAAGUAUGUUUUAAUUAUAAUCUCUUCUAUAUUAUGUACAGAACAUCAAAUGUAUGUAUGUAUUUACUUCUAUUUACUUUUAUAUAGAAUAAAAUGUUGAUUUUUAUCUUAUAAAUAACAACAAUGGACUGACAAAGAAACCUUAAAUAAAUACAUGAAUUAGUUUUUAAAA